GUCAGCCUCAGCUCCUGUACUGUCUGUCAUGUAACAACAUCAACUUACAGGGUUCCUCUGUGCGAUGGCCCAUUGGUUUUUCAUGCGACUCUCAUCUCACGCUUAUUGUGCCACUUGUCAUUGCGACCUGUCACUCCUUCCGUACCUCCGCGGCGUACUUCAUACCUGAAGUACGCUAUCAACAAACAUCCACAGCCACAAUACUCGCACACCAAUUCAACUUAGAACCAGAAUAGCAGAAAAUGGCCUGGUACUCCAUCCUCCCACCAGAUCUCACUUACCUCGAAACCUGGGCCGCUCGAAUCUUCUUCAUCUUAGGUCUAACAACCCUUCUCCCCUGGACCGCACUCCUGAUCUUCGACAUCGUGCUGUAUAUCGUGCGCAUGGCGUUUCACGAGAUUCCAGUUGUUGGGGGCCGGGUGAGGGGUGCGCAGAGACCUAGGGCGCCGAGUUUGAAUGAGAGGCCGGAUGGGGGCGCGAGGAGGGUUUUUGUGUUGGGGCAGGGGGGUGAAAAGAAUAUGGAGGAGCUUGGUGAUGGAUUUGGAGAUGGUGAUCUGGAUGGGGAUGAGUAUGCGGAAGGAUAUCGGGAUGAGGGGAAGGAGCGGGAGGGGAAGAAGCUGUGAUACGGUUUACUGCGAGGGAUACUUGCAUGGCGUAUGGAUUUUGUUUGAUAUGUAUGUGAUACCCAUUGUGAUUCGUUUGUACGGAGUACUGUUAUCUAUGGUCUAUUGUCUGUCGGUGCUUCGGGACUUUGUCCAAUUGACGGCGCCGAAUUUCGGUGUUACUAUACCCUGCAGGUUAGUGAGAUGUAUUUAUUAGCAUGGACA